AUGUUGCGAUUGGUACGGUAUAAGUCGACGAGGCUGCCACCAAAAUCCCUGAUUAUCAAGCAAAAUAGCCGUUUAAAUAAGAAGAAUACAGAAAAUUCGAAGGUCGUCAUCUCAUCACUGCGUGAUGUUAUAUCUUUAUUUCAAGCCAAUUCUCAGACUCAAGAAGAUGAUGACUUAGAGACACUCAACCACGAAAUGUAUCUUCUUCAGCAAAUUGAAUCUGGUGAGGUCGAAAGAUUACUCAAGUCAAAAUUCCAAAUCGAUGAAUCUAAACAACUAUUAUCCACUGGUGCCCUGAUAAAAAAUUACCCCCAGCUAAACAAGGAUGAGUUAGAAUUGAUUAAGAAGGUUAAUGAUUUGGAGAAUAUCAAGCCAUGGUCUCAGAUCCCUCAAUUUGUGAAACAAGCACAAUUUUAUCUAUCAUACGGUUCAUAUGGUCCGAGACUGGAUUUACCAUUUAAAGCCAAUGAGAAACCACUUGAUUUCACUUACGUCAAUAGAGCCAGAAAACAAUUUGGCCAAGAGCCAUACAAGAGACUGAAAAAGGACCAAUUGGUCAACAUCUAUGAAGUUACUCCUACAAGGCAAAGGUAUUUCAAUGACAAGACCGUAGAUCCAGUGAGUAGAUUUUUCAUAUGGACGGCAAUCGCUGUCUCAGCCGCUGUUGGUUGGAAAGAGUACAAGUUACGGGAAGAUGGGGAGUCAUUAGUGACCGUUGUAGAUAAAGAUUAG